AUGGAACCCCAGGAGAGCGCUGUCCAGUACAGCCGAUGGAACAACAUCCAGGAUGAGGUCAGCAUCAGUGUGUCAACCCUGGAGAGCUCGAGCUGUGAGCGGGUCUACAAUAAACUAUGCACCGGGAAGCUGGGCAUUGCGAUGAAGGUGGUAGGUGGAAUCAUUCUGUUCUGGGUCAUCUUCAUCAUCAGCUACGUCACUGGGUACUACAUCCACAAGUGCAAGUAGCACUUGUCUGAGCCUGCUGGACACCUUUUCCGAGGAGACCUCCACUCACCCAGAGACCUCUUACUACCUGGCCAAAGAC